AUGUUAUAUCACACAAACAUGCCUUUCACCAAACCAGAAUGUUCUGUUUUUCCUCUUCUUCUUAUAUUUUUUUACCUGUCUAAAACAGCACUUUGUUUUACAUUUGAACAACAUCUACGUCAAGAUAGUCUUGCCUUUCUUUAUCAUCGUUCUCGUCGUUUUGUUUUCUCUGAUGCGCAUUAUGAAAUAAUAGCUCGCGAACGUCAGAAAGAAUUAGAGAAUCGACACAAGAAACGAGAAGAAAUCAGAGCAGUAAAAGACGAAGCAAAAAAAGCUUGGCAAACAGCAGAUGCAGCUUUUAAGGCUGAUCCUAACAAUGAUAAACUUAAACAGAAAGCAAAUGACUUACGUCGGCAAAUGAUAAAUGUCUAUGUUGCAAAAAGUAGAAAUUUAAAUGCUAUUUUCAUUGAUGCUAAUAGUAAACAGCCGAAGAAUAGAUUUAAAAAAUAUGGGAAACGAGUUACAAUUGGUGCACUAGUUCUCUUUGUAGUGGGAAUUGUAGCAAAAUAUCUCUAUCCGUCCCUUUUCGGCUAUUGGAAGAAUAAGAAGCCACAAGACAUAUCCGAGCAAACAAAAAAAUCAAAAUCAUUAAAUACAAUUACACCUCAAAUAGGUAUCAGAAUGUUUGAUUGCGCAGCAACAGGAGAUGUUUGA